UUUAGUGGAAACAUAAUGGAACGGGCCGUGCUUGGAAAAGCAGGUGCUAACGGCGGGCUUUGUGGGGCGAAGAGCGCUGGCUUCGGGCGGAGGUGACUGUUAGGUAAGAGGGAGGCCGAAAGACACCCCGCCAUGGGCUACAAUGCAAGCUGGGCUUCAGCCAACGCGAGCGAGCGUGGGCCCUAUCAGGCUGUCAAGAGCGCCUUGAACGCAUCCGGUGCUCAAAUCGUGGGAAUCAACCGAAGCGCCCAUCCAGUCGGAACGUCAGAUUACGAGGAAUACAGGGAAGGACAAACAUACCGACAUUUUACUACUGCUAUGCAGGUUGUCAUCUUAAUAGGUUCUCUGCUAGGAAACUUCGUGGUCUUGUGGUCAACAUGCAGGACAUCAGUUUUUAAGUCAGUAACCAACCGAUUUAUUAAGAACUUGGCCUGCUCUGGGAUCUGUGCCAGCCUUGUCUGUGUGCCUUUUGACAUUAUUCUCAGUACCAGUCCACACUGCUGUGGGUGGGUCUACACCAUGAUCUUCUGUAAAGUCAUCAAAUUUUUGCAUAAAGUCUUCUGCUCAGUGACCAUCCUUAGCUUGCCUGUCAUUGCUCUGGAUCGGUACUAUUCAGUCUUAUACCCACUGCAAAGAAAGAUAUCGGAUGCCAAAUCGCGAGAUCUGGUGAUCUAUAUUUGGGCUCAUGCAGUGGUGGCCAGCAUUCCAGUCUUUGCUGUGACCCAUGUGUCAGACAUAUAUGCUAUAUCCACUUGUACUGGGCCCUGGAGUUACUCUGUUGGCCGUUUAGCAUAUGUUAUCACUUACAACCUUACCACUGUGAUUUUACCAGUGGCUGUGGUAUUUCUCUUUAUGGUCCUCAUCCGCAAAGCAUUGAGCGCCAGCCAGAAGAAAAAAGUUAUUAUAGCUGCCUUAAGAACCCCUCAAAAUACAAUCUCUAUUCCUUAUGCCUCCCAGAGAGAAGCUGAACUUCAUGCCAUGCUGCUAUCUAUGGUUAUGAUUUUCAUUUUCUGCAGUAUUCCCUUUAUGACUAUGGUGGUUUAUCACACUGUCCUCGAUUCUUCAGAUACCUCUGUGUAUUUGCUUCUCACUGCUAUCUGGUUGCCCAAAAUAUCACUGCUAGCCAACCCACUGCUUUUCCUGACUGUUAACAAAUCUGUACGAAAAUGUUUAGUGGGGACAGUAAUGGAAUUACACCGGAGGUAUAGUCGGAGGAACAUGGUCAGUUCUGGGGGUGCUGUGGAAGCCAAUCUGGAAUCUCACGUUCGUUCUGGCAGCCAGCUCCUAGAAAUGUUUCACAUUGGGCAGCAGCAAAUUUUCAAGCCCACAGAAGAUGAAGAGGAAAAUGAAGCUAAAUCUGUAGACUCCAGUGACUACCAACAGGAGGAGAUCCCCACAACCAGCUUAGAUGUAGAACAAGCCCAAAUUCAGAGGUCAGUAUGUCCUGCAGUUGCAGAUUCUGCUGCACAAAUAGCUCCAGCUUUCUCUACAGAAGCCGAAUUGGCCAAUGAAAAGUAUUCUACGCAACUGGGCUUUGGACCUUUUGAGCUGCCGCCACAGUGGCUGUCAGAAAACAGGAAUGGUAAGAAACGACUACUGCCUCCAUUGGGAAAUACACCAGAGGAGUUGAUCCAGACAAAGCAACCCAAAGGUAAAUCAGAACGAAAAAUGAGCAGAAACAAUAAAGUCAGCAUCUUCCCAAAAGUGGAUUCCUAGUCAAAGAAGGAGCUCCAUAUGAUGAGAGAGGACUGCCUUCUUGCAUACAUGUGAUCCUAUGGGUCUGUGCUAAGAUGAAAUUAAAGGCUUAUUUUUGUGCCAGUUUAUGUAAAAACCAAAAGAUAAGUGUUCCUUAUAAAUGGGUUUUGUUGUGAACAUCUAUUUCCCUAUUUGACAAUACCCAUUUCCCCCAUUAUAUAGAAGACAAGUGGACUAUUUUCCAAAGAGGUAUGUUUGGAUUAUUCUUGCCCUACAGACUGCUUCCUCUACUGUGAUCUUUUAAACUUUAAGUGCAGCAAGUCUGUAUAUUAGGGCUACCAAAUCUGGACUGCAAAGAUCAGGAUGAACGCUGGAAGGCAGCAAAGCAGCACAGAGAACUUGGUACCUUUGCUGACGUUUAGUGAUCAUUCUGAGUUUUGCUGUAUUUUAUGCACACACGAACGUACACACCCACACACCCCUACCUUACAGACUGAGAUGUUAUAGUAGUAGUUCAGUUAUAGAAUUCCAGGGAAAGGAAUUUAUUGAAUAUCUAGGAACUUCCAUUCCUUGGGACUCCGUGUUUUUACUCUCAUACAAAAAUGCUCAGCAUCUUUUAGGAGUGUUACAUUACUUGGCAAUUUGGGAUGUCUUUUAGCAAUUAAGAAGACCUUGAGCAUUCCAGUGAUAUUUUGUAAUUUAGUAAGCAUUUUGUCCAUAUUUUUUGGACUGUUGUUUUUAAGUAUGUUAGGCAGGGUCCUGCUGUUGCAGUAAGCAUGUGUUAAAUCCAUGCAUAGAUUUUAGAUAUGCUUCCAGUAACACGUUUCCUUUAGGGACUGACUUUUAGUGGUCUGAGACCUGCAAGCUUCUGAUCAGUGCAGCAACCUGACAGAGAUACAAUAACAAAUACAUUUGAUAAUGGUACUAUGUAAAAUGGGCGCAGCAAAUAUUGAGUAUAGACAUAUGAUCAUUACAUUUAAUAAUUGCCAUGCCCCCCAAAUCUUUUUUUUUUUGUAUUCAGUCUUUUCUCUGCUUCUCAUGAUGAUGUGUUCACCUCUGUGGUGAAAAGUCACUAAGAUGGUUAUUGCUGUUUUGUCUGGUAUACCAUGGAACGAAGUAGGAGCCACUCUGUUAAUGUUAGUCUUAAUUCCUGACAAGUUUACAUUCUCAGUGGCUAAUAUGUAAAAAACACUUCUUCAUUAUGGCACUAACAAACCUUACAGCGUACAGCAUAUUUUCUCUUUCCUGCCUUGUGUUUUUUUUUAAUUACAUUUUAAUUAAAUGGUACUAUCUAAUUACUUUGCCUGUGAUUCUUCAUCAUUUGAUUUGCUGAGGGUGACUUCAGUUUAUCUUGGUUUGUUGACAGGAAAGGGAAGAAUUUUAAAAUGUAUUCUGGCUUAGAUUUGUUGACUUCUGCGGGUGGAUUCCAAGGGAUACCUUAGUGCUGAUUUGUAAUACAGUGACUGAAGAGAUGCAAAGUAGAUCUGACCUAGGUUCUUUUUAAUCGAAUGGGCAUGCAGACUCUGCAAAUUGAAUAUGGAAAUACAGAGAAAAAAAUGUACAGUAUAAUAAAAUCAUGGAUAAUUAAUAUUAGUUUUCUAAUAGUUUAAGACAAUGUUAAUCAUUAAAAAAGCUUAGAAGAAGUUUUUUUCUUUUUAAAACCAAAUAUGUAUUAAUCUAAACAGAACCUAUAAUUGAAAUUCUCUCCUCAAGAACUGAUCACAGCCUACUCAUUGUAACAAAGUUGCUUAAAUGCCAUCAUAAAGACAGAAAAAGUUUGAACACUGCAGGAGGGCUAGGAAAACUGAAUUUCAGAUAUUGGAAGUCCAAUUCCUCUACAGCAUAGCCAAUUACUAGGAAUUUUGUGAGUUACUCAGCAGCUGGAGGACCACCAUUUUUUUUCUUUUAGUAUACAGCAUAUAAAAGUGUAGCAUAUUGUAAAUAGUUUAUAUCUUAGUAAUAUUUGAAAAUCAUUCCUGACUAUCGAAUGCAGUGGUCAACUCUAUAGUAUUGCACACUUUAGAAGUCAAAGACUAUUGAAAUUGCAAUAACAAUCAUCUUAAGUGUAUCCAGACACUUUACUGUUGUCUGUUUCCCCUUUUUCUCUAUCAUGACUGUGGCUUAUUACUUACUCCAUUGUAAACCAAUCUGGAAAGUCCUUUGUCUCUUCCACUUGUUUGCAUGCAAUCUCCUUCCUCUACCCCCUCCCCCUGCAGCUGCAAAUGACCACUGCAAUUCAUUCCAAAGUCCUAAACUGAUUUUAUAAACUCAGACACUCCAGCUUUAGAAUAGAUACCUUGUGCUUGCUGAGCCAUUGAACACAGUAGGAUUCUGAAUU